AUGAAAGCUGGGCUCGACUUGGCCAACGCUGUCAAAGGGCUCAAGGGUUGUAAAUACAAAUACGACAAAAACCGUGAUACCAAGCUGCGGAGCCCCUUGUCCUCUGUUAGUGCUAUAAAAAGUUCAAUCCCGGGAUCAGCAGAGCACAAAGAGGAGAACGUCCUCCAUGCCAUGACGACUGUUAGUAGCCUUUUACCAUCCUUUUGUGGAGAGCACAAAAGCCUUGACACAAAAACAUCAAGAAUCUUUGGAACUACCUCGGUCGACAAGUGCAAAGCUCCCACGGACGCCUACAGAAACACCAAACAUGCCAUCUUGUUCUUUUCUGUCAGCGGUUUAGGCAGCUCCUAUGGAUAUGGAAGCAAAUAA